CUUUUCAGUAUUCCUCCUUCUUACUGUUUGAUCCAUGAGGGAAAUGUGGUGGAGCUGCAAAUCCUGAUUCAGCAGCAGGACAAAGAUGAAUACAAGCUAUUUUAUCGAUGCCUUAAAAGUAAAUUGAAUGGGAAGAAAUGGUGUGGAAGCAUCCCGUGGCAGGAUCCAAAAGCUGCCAAAGCAUCAAAACAUUUAGAAUCACAGCCUACCUCAGUACCUCCUUUCAAUCCCAGUGGCCAACGAAAUCCAUUCAAAGUGAUAGACAAGAAUCGUGACCCAUCAACCUGGAAACAAAUUAAACAAGGCAUGGGAGAGGAAAGUAGAGCAAAAGGGAAUAAACCAGAGAAAGAGAGUGUGCUGGUAUUGGAUAAAGAAAAGAAAUCAACCUCAUACUCCCCCAUAGAGAGAGAGCCUCUAGAAGGACCGAAAACUGAACAGAAGCAGUCCAAGGGAAAUAAGAGUGACCAAGAAUUUAAGGAAAGCAUGGUAUCUGAAUCUAAAUGUAGUCUUUCUGAGACUUGGAAAGUGAAAAAUGCCCCUUGGGAUGAAGGGAAACAUGGUGGCAGUGGCAGGGGAUUUAAUAAGUCUUCUGACUAUCUGGAGAAAGAGGCGACUGGAAGAUCAAAGUCCUUUUCACUAAGCCGUGGAAACCAAAGCACAAGUGCCAAGUGUCCAGACGAAGGGCAGCUCAGAGAGAAAACCUUAAAAAGCUGUGGAGAUAAAGAAACCAAAGAGAAAGAAUGGACUGAUGGGAAGAAUGAAGAGAUGAAACCAAGGUUUGAAGAAAACGCAGUUUCCCCGACAGUACUGCAACUAGCGUUGCAACAUGCUCUCCUGAAGGGGGGAGCAGAGGCAAAGACAGCACCAUCCAAGAUACAGUUAAUGCCGGAGCUUGGACAGCCUGCUGAUCGAGUCUCUGGUGGUGACAGUGAUGAAGCAGCGCUACUUUCUUCCACAUCUGGUAAAGGUGAACCUGAGAAGCUGGUGCCAGGUUUGCGGCUGCCAGGAGCUGCAGCAUCACUUCACACAGAAGGACCUCAGGACCCUAAAGCCCUUCACAACCAUCUUGUCGUGCAGCUGAGGCAGAAGAAGAGCACACUGGCUACAGUGAAUGUUCAGCUUCUGCCAGAUAAAGGGAAACGGUUAUUAAAGCAAGUGCAGGAUUUGGAAGCUGCAAUCAGUGCUCUUAACAUUUCAGCAGGCGACACUACAGAAGAAGGGGAGAACAGUGCAAGGAGUGGCUGUCAUGAAGAACCUUCGCCUAAUCCAUUUGGCAGACCAGGUGGUACAAAGCUCAUAACACCACUUCCACUCUGGGAUCCUACAGCAGGAGCCCCUUCAGGCUCACAUGGUCACCGCUCUGCUGCUGCUGCUUUGGGUUCCAGUGAAUAUUGCAGUCAUGGUUUUGGAAUGAACUCUGGCGUGCAGAAUCUGUAUGGAGGAAGAAUGACGGAAGACCGAAUCAGGGCUGUACACAGUGCCACAAGCAAUGCUAUUAAUCAUCUUCACAAAUCUCUGGAAUCCUGUCCGACAGAGCAGACAGUGGCUGAAGAUCCCUCUGGGUUGAAGGUUCCACUGCUGCUGCACCAAAAGCAAGCUCUUGCAUGGCUACUCUGGAGGGAGAGCCAGAGCCCAUGUGGAGGUAUUCUGGCGGAUGACAUGGGCUUGGGGAAGACUCUAACAAUGAUUGCUCUCGUUCUGGCUCAGAAGAAGCUGAAGACAGAGAAAAGAAAGGAGAAGUUAGAAAUAUGGCUAUCCAAAAAUGAUUCCACUGUUAUCCCUUCCCACAGCACUUUAAUCGUCUGUCCUGCGUCCUUGAUCCACCACUGGAAGAAAGAGGUUGACAGACAUGUAGGCUAUGGCAAACUGAGGGUUUAUCUGUACCAUGGGCCAAACCGAGAUAAACAUGCAGAGGCGCUCUCCGAAUAUGAUGUUGUCAUCACAACCUACAGCCUUCUCUCCAAGGAGGUUCCCACAAGCAAAGAGGAGGGGGAAGUCCCUGCUGUAGACCAUGAUGUGGAGGGUAGGUCACGUCCUUGUUCACCUUUGCUCAGGGUAGCUUGGGCUCGAGUUAUAUUGGAUGAAGCUCACAAUAUUAAAAACCCAAAGGUUCAAACCUCUAUAGCUGUGUGCAAACUGAGAGCCAGUGCCAGAUGGGCUGUCACUGGGACACCAAUACAGAACAACCUGUUGGACAUGUACUCUCUCCUGAGGUUUCUGCGUUGCUCUCCUUUUGAUGAAUACAAGGUGUGGAAGUUCCAGGUAGACAACAAUACGAAGAAGGGAGGGGAGAGGCUGAGCCUCUUAACCAGGAGCCUCUUGUUACGGAGAACUAAGGACCAGCUGGAUUCAACUGGCAAGCCCUUGGUAUCUCUGCCGCAGCGUAGCACUCGGUUGCAUCAGUUAAAACUUUCAGAGGAGGAGCAAUCAGUGUACAACGUGCUCUUUGCAAGAUCCAGGUCAACGCUACAGUCCUAUCUAAAAAGACAAGAGCAGAAGAAUCUGUGCAGAGAGUAUUCUGGUGAUAACCCAUUUGAGAGAGUUGCGCAAGAGUUUGGAGCCAGUCAAAAGGAACUUCUAGCAGGCUCCCAAAGUGCCUCCCCAGUCUCAAGUACUGUUCACGUCUUGUCCAUGCUUUUGAGGCUCCGUCAGUGCUGCUGCCACCUCUCCUUACUGAAAAUGGCUCUGGACCAAGUUAACUUGACCAGCGAAGGCCUUUCCCUCUCCCUUGAGGAACAGCUUAGUGCUUUGACCCUGUCUGAGCUCCAGACUCCUGAUUCCAAGACAACCGUCUACCUCAAUGGCACAGCUUUUAAAAUGGAUCUCUUUGAAAUCACCAGGGAGAGCACCAAGAUAACUCACCUCUUGGCUGAACUGAAAAUUAUCCAGAGUCAUUCAGAGUCUCAGAAAAGUGUUAUUGUGUCUCAGUGGACAAGUAUGCUGAAAGUUGUGGCUGUGCACCUGCAGCGACUAGGCCUAAAGUACGCUACGGUGGAUGGCUCUGUCAAUCCUAAACAAAGAAUGGAUGUGGUAGAAGAGUUCAAUAACAAUCCUAAAGGGCCUCAGGUAAUGUUGGUCUCGUUGCUGGCUGGAGGCGUUGGUCUGAACUUGACUGGAGGAAACCACCUCUUUCUCCUUGACAUGCACUGGAAUCCUGCUCUUGAGGACCAGGCAUGUGACCGCAUUUACCGAGUGGGGCAGCGGAGAGAUGUUGUGAUACACAGGUUUGUCUGUGAAGGAACAGUGGAAGAAAAGAUAGUAGAACUCCAGACGACAAAGAAAGACCUCGCCCAGCAGGUGCUGUCAGGCAAAGGAGAGUCCUUCUCUAAGCUCACUCUGGCUGAUCUCAGAAUUCUCUUUGGCAUCUAAUUUAUCCUUUACAACAGAAGUGGAAAGCAAUUUUGUACCUAGGAAUACCUGAGGAGACUUCAGCAACACACCGCUGUUUAAGGUGGUCCUUUAUUUUGAAAAAAUAGCUAAAUUUUUUUAACUGUUUCCAGAAGCCAAAAAACUUCCUUUCCUGAAUUUGUUUUAAUACUAAAUCAAAUAGUGUGU